AUAAAAUAUAAAAAAUACAAAAUAAAGAUAAUAUCAACGACCUCGCAGUCCAGCUAGGGCUGGACUCUCUCUCUCUCUCUCUUAAACGGCGCAGUGGGAUGCAAUGCGGGAGAAAGCGCAGUGCAGCGACCGUCGUCUACCCAUGUCUCCGUCGCCGUCUCUCACGAAUCCUUCAAUCCUCAAACAAAUGCUGACAAAAUAGAAAGCAUACGAAAUCCCUCACUCCAUUAGUCUCUACACGGCACACACGAAGCGGGUUUCGCCAGAGCUACCCAAUGGGGUCUCAACGCUGUUUUCAUUUUUCUCUCCUCUUUCUGUCAUUGCUUUUCCCGCUGCUCCCGGCCGGAGACUCAGAUCUGGCCUCCGACAGGGCCGCCCUCCUGGCCCUACGCGCUGCCAUGCGCGGCCGCACUACUCUCUGGAACGUGACGCAGCCCAGUCCCUGCGCGUGGGCUGGGGUCCGCUGCGAGGACGGCCGCGUGACCAUCCUGCGCCUCCCUGGCUUCGCCCUCGCCGGAGAGGUUCCGCCGGGCAUUGUCGGCAAUCUUACCCGACUCCGUACUCUCAGUCUCCGCUUCAACGCCUUGUCCGGUCGGCUGCCGCAGGACCUCUCCAGCUGCACCUACCUCCGGAAUCUUUACUUGCAGGGUAAUCGAUUUUCCGGCGAGAUUCCGACAAUGCUGUUCGGUCUUCGUGAUCUUGUUCGCCUUAAUCUUGCCUGGAACAACUUUUCAGGGGAGAUCUCGUCUGGUUUCAACAAUCUCACUAGGUUGAGAACGUUAUUUUUGGAGAAUAAUGGACUUGUUGGGUCUAUACCGGAGUUGAAAUUCCCAAAUCUGGAGCAGUUCAAUGUGUCUUACAAUCAGUUAAAUGGUAGUGUACCGGCGACUCUUAGAACAUUGCCUGUGAGUGCGUUUUUGGGGAAUUCUCUCUGCGGUCGCCCUCUUGAGUCUUGUUCUUCAAAUGGGUCUGAGCCGGCAGCAUCUCCGAAGUCCCUGGGUUUAAAUGACAUUAAGAAGAAUGGGAAGAAAAAGUUGUCUGGAGCAGCCAUUGCUGGAAUUGUGAUCGCAUGCGUAGUAGUUUUUGCUUUAAUUGUUGUAAUUUUGCUCGUUUUCUGUCGGAAGAAGAGUACCAGGACAAGGUCGGUGGAUACUGCUACAAUUAAGCAAAGCGAAGUGGAGAUUCCGGGCGAUAAGCCUAUUGGGGAAGCUGAGAACGGUGGAUUGAGUAAUGAGUAUUCAGUGGCCGCCGCAGCAGCGGCUGCAAUGUCGGCAAAUGGGAAGGGGGAUUCUACCAAUGGAGGGGCUAAGAAGCUUGUGUUCUUCGGCAAUGCGCCUCGGGUUUUCGAUUUGGAGGAUCUGUUGAGAGCUUCGGCGGAGGUUUUGGGGAAGGGGACAUUUGGGACUGCGUACAAAGCAGUUUUAGAGGUUGGCAUGGUGGUGGCUGUGAAGAGGCUGAGGGAUGUAACCCUUUCAGAGAGAGAAUUCAGGGAAAAGAUCGAACUGGUCGGACAGAUGAAUCAUGAGAAUCUGGUCCCUCUCAGGGCAUACUACUACAGCAGGGAUGAGAAGCUUCUUGUCUAUGAUUACAUGCCCAUAGGGAGUUUAUCUGCACUCUUGCAUGGAAACAAGGUAGCGGGCAGGACUCCAUUGAAUUGGGAAAUCAGAUCCCGUGUUGCCCUUGGAGCUGCCCGUGGCAUUGCACACCUGCACUCACAAGGCCCCAACAUUUCACAUGGAAACAUCAAAUCAUCCAAUGUUCUCCUCAACACAUCCUAUGAUGCCCGUGUAUCGGACUUCGGCCUAGCUCUCCUCGUUGGACCCCCAUCCUCACCUAAUCGAGUCCCUGGUUACCGUGCUCCGGAGGUGACUGACCCACGCAAGGUUUCCCAAAAGGCUGAUGUCUAUAGCUUUGGCGUCUUGCUUUUGGAGCUUCUAACUGGUAAAGCCCCUUCCCAAGCCUUCUUAAACGAGGAAGGGAUUGACCUUCCAAGGUGGGUGCAGUCUGUAGUUCGAGAGGAGUGGACUUCUGAGGUUUUCGAUCUUGAGCUCCUCAAGUACCAGAAUGUGGAGGAGGAGAUGGUUCAGCUUUUGCAGCUUGCUAUAAACUGUGCUGCGCAGUAUCCCGAUAAACGGCCAUCAAUGUCUGAAGUGAGUAGGCAGAUCACAGAGCUCCGUCGUUCUAGCCUGGGAGAAGAAAGUGACCCUCAGAUCGAUGCAGUCAAUGAUGCGGAUGAUGCUUCUUCCUAGUGGGUUGAUUGGGCACCAUCCAUUUUCAUGUAUAUGGAUUGAACUAUUGAAGAAGCAUCAUCAUCAUUUUAUCAUUCAUCUUUAGCAUGAUGAAUUGCUUUCUCUUUCUUAAAUUUUUUAUGAUUGUUUUCUGUGCCUAAAUUUCUUUCAUGUAGAAUUUACUGUUCUUGCUCCUUCCUGUUUUCCUUUGAGCAGCCUUUUUUUUUCCCCAUCUUCUCCCCCCCUUCCCCCCUCUUUCUCAAUUCUAUGGGGCUGAUUAUCUGUCCAA